ACAACGAGCAGAAACACAAUAGAGAGAGUGUUUAGAGAGCUUCGGUUUUCGCACAAAACCGCGAGUAUUGAGAGAAGCUGUUUUAUCCUGGAGACGACCGGUUGAUAGUCUGCCGUGCGCAUCGAAGGCAGUGCCGCGAACGUCUUAAAGAAAGCGACCUAGUCCGCGACUCAGCUCCAGAUUCGGUAACCUCGUUCCUUUUGUUGUUCCGUUCCUAACAGACCAGACGAAGUGGAUGUUGCAUUACCUAACGGGAAGGAGCGCGGGAAUUGACGCCACCAGGUUUGCCAUUUUGUGUUGGAUGCUGUGAAAAAAUAGAAACCUACAUGUGUUUGAAAAGAAACUUGAAAUGCCGCCUAGCAUAUGUAGACGUGCGGUUGCUAUUCAAAAGCAUGUUGAGGAAGCUGUUGCCAAGACAGGAGUUAUCCUCAGUUGCUCAUGUCGGCUAGGACGUGGCACCCGUACUCAGCUUUGAUACAAGAAGCUCGUCGACUUCUUGCUUUGGAGUGGGAGGUGGAGAUUUAUCAUGUCUUUCGGGAGGGUAAUGUUGUUGCUGAUUACCUGGCGUCUUUAGGCCAUGGCCUUCCGCCGAGUGAUCACGACAUCACUAAUCCUUGUCCGAUGCUUUCGUAUUGGUUGUACUAUAACUCUAUGAGGGUUAGUUUGCCCCGUUUGGUUUCUGGCUUUCUGCUAUUAAUCCAGUGACCAAACUUGGAAUUUACCCCGUAGUUAUUAUGAGGAUGCCGCUUUACGGAUUACCCUGUUCUCCUCUAUCUACCUCCCAUUUUACCGCCGUCAAGUCACGCUAGCCGCUCAUACCGCCGUCAAGUCAGACGUCAUCGUCUACCUCUUCUAGUCUUCUGAAAGCUUCUCCACUGCCCCCACCACCCAACUCCUCGCUCCCAACUAAAAUAAAAGUUCCAAUAAAAAGGAAAAAAGGGCUUCACUCGUUCUUUCCUUUUUUUUUCUUUGCAAAUCGGUAAUUCAGCUCUCUAACUCCUCGUUCUGGAACUCAACAAUUGCCGCUGCUGCUUGCCUUUCAGAUAAAUGCAGCUUUCGUUUUGGAUUUCCACUCUUUCCUCUCAGCUUAAGAUGACGCUCUCCCUUCUGUAGCUGUUCUGGGUGUUCCCUUUCUUGCUUUCCCGAUUAUGGCUAUCCGGGGAGUUGAUUUCAAGUGGUACGAUGGCUUCUUCUUGUCGAUGCUGGCAACGAGCGUAAUAAUUGUUGCCAUCAACUGGAAGCGCUAUCAUUUCUGUACGCACCCUCUGCACAUAUGGAUUGUGGUUGAUUACACUACUGUGUUUGUAUUUCGCCUGUUGAUGUUCAUAGAUAAUGGACUUGCUGCUGGAAUGGGAUUGGAUUUCGGACGGCAGCAGAGGCGUGCCCGUUUUCGUGGAAGAGUUGUCGUCAUUUCAAUCUUGUCUAUGCUACUCUAUCCAUUUCUUUGGGCGUGGACUGUGAUCGGAACACUUUGGUUCACAAGCGCAAGAAAUUGUUUGCCAGAAGAAGGUCAGAAAUGGGGUUUCCUUAUUUGGUUGUUAUUCAGCUACUGUGGACUUGUGUGCAUUGCUUGCAUGUGUCUUGGGAAGUGGUUAACUAGAAGACAAGCACUGAUUGCACGGGCACAAAAUGGAGUUCCAGUUUCAGAAUACAGGGUUCUGGUCGACAUGAUCGAGGUUCCCGAUUGGGCAUUUGAAGCUGCUGGUCAAGAAAUGCGAGGCAUGGGUCAAGAUAAUAAUACUGCAUACCACCCUGGACUUUAUUUGACUCCUACUCAGAGAGAAGCUGUGGAGGCACUGAUUCAGGAGCUGCCAAAGUUCAGGCUAAAGGCUGUUCCAACAGAUUGCAGCGAAUGUCCAAUCUGCCUAGAAGAUUUUCACGUUGGGAAUGAGGUUCGUGGGUUGCCGUGUGCGCAUAACUUCCAUGUCGAGUGCAUAGACGAGUGGCUGCGGCUGAACGUGAAAUGUCCGAGGUGCAGGUGCUCGGUGUUCCCCAACCUCGACCUCAGCGCCUUGUCCAAUAUAGAGAGGGCUUCAACACCAACCACCGUCACUACUACCACACGUUACAUGAGGUCACAACCUGCAAGCGAAAGCUACCGGUUGAGGCUACAGGGCUUCCUCAGGCCAGUCCGUAGUGGUGAGGUCAGAGCUCCCCCAACUGAUGCAGCAACCAAUAGUGCCGAAAGUGGUAACCUAGCUGUGGCAAUCGAGCAACCUGGAACGAGUGAACCAGUGGGACAUGUUCCUGUUAGUCACCGGAUCCAAGAUCAUCAGUAGAUGAUCGGUUUGUGAAUUGUCUCGACUUCUCAACUUCUGACCUUCUUCGCUCGAGAACCGGCUUGUGGGUUUGUCCAUAAAACAGUGAUGAUCAGCGCUGUCCAACCAAGUGGACAGCCAAGUUCUUCCGUUUGUCAACUGCAGCCAUGUUUGGCUUGAUGUGGGAAACUUGCUUCAUUUUGUCUGUCAGAUCAUCGUGAAGAGACAAUAGGAACUGUGUUGUUAAUGUAAUGACUAGAAACUCUUACACUCUACAACUGUAAUGAUUCCGUACAUGAUAGACCCAGCGGCGGUUCAGUUGAAAUGUGAUUGAACUGUUUGCUUGUAUGGAUUGGAGUCUUUGGAUUAAGGUAGGUAGAGAUUAGAAAAUGACUUGGGUGUUAAGUGUCUGGUUGUGCUUGAAUGCAUUUGAGAAGUGGGCCAAACUGCAAAUGAGGUCAUUUUGUAGUUUAAUGGGUUAUGAGGUGAUGGUUUCAUUGUUUAACCAACCAUCAACUUAUGGCCACCCAUUGCUCACUUUGAAAGGUCACCAGCAUUACUUAGAAAUUUGGUAAAAAGCUUUUCCAGUUUAAUACUGUGUUCUUGUCACCAAACAACAAUUCAUCUGCUCCUAGGCAAAAAGACAAUUAGGGUUUACUUCUUUGUCCUCACCUGUCUCUUCAUACGUGAUGAAUAUGUGGAUUAUCCAAACUUUGCCGAGAGAUGUUUAAGCUCUGUCACAUGCUUAGUUACUUCCUGCUGAUUUUCAAAUCCAAGUGAUUUAUCUCUGGUCUAUCUGUGUAGUUGCUAAAUAUGAAGGUGGGGGAAUUCAUUUAGAAUCCGAUAUAUCAAGUCUUUCAUCGGCUUUUGAUUUUUCGCAAUUUCUUAUAAAUUCCUGGUAAUUCCUAUCAAAUUUUCACUCUUUUGAGGAUACAAGACACACAAAAUGCAUCGUCCACACACUACAUUUGCAAACCUGGGGCAGCCAUGGCCUCAAUGAUCGCCAAUUCACCAUCUCGGUUUGUGACACGACCCUUUGGUCCCUCAUACUUCCAUAAUGUUGGCCCCUCUGUUCUGGCCUUGGCAUUACAUUCUUGGGUUUUGACUCAUAGCUCGGUCCUCACUCCGCGGUUGAAUCGUGUUACUAAUAUCAGGUCGAAUUGUUUCCUAGCAUCGUAUGCCUCUUUUAGUGGCAACAUACUCUCCUACCACUCUCAUAGUGGCAUAUCUCAUCCAUUUUUAACACAUUUCAUUUGCUAUUAGCAUUCAUCAUCUCUUAUUGAUACAUGAUAUUUCUCAUAAGUCAUUGUAUCAUUUUCGCAUUAGGUAUUUAGGUGUAUAAUCUCCAAUAAUUCUAUCAAGUCGGU